UGCUGCGCCCUACAGUGUCCGGUCUGAAGAAGAAGAGCGGGCGCUGCUAACAGCUAACGGCUAACAGCAGUGUGAUAACGGGACCGUCCUGUCAGGAGCGGACUCAAAGACUACUGGCGGACCGACACCGGACCGACACCGAACUUCCUCUCAUGUCGCUCUGAGCUGAAGAAGCUUCUGGAAGCUGUUCGUGAACGCGCACGGUCUCCAUGGCUACGGAGGAGCUGUAUGAGGUGGAGCGCAUCGUGGACAAGAGGAAGAACAAGAAGGGGAAGGUGGAGUACCUGGUCAGGUGGAGAGGCUACGGCUCUGAGGGGGACACCUGGGAACCGGAGACUCACCUGUCUACCUGCAUGAUCUACGUUCAUGAGUUUAACCGUCAGUACGCUGAGCGGCAGAGAGACGCCACGCUGCUGCGCUCCACCCGCAGCUCGCCCAGCCUCCACUGUAGCUCCGCCCACAGGCCACUCUGCAGGCCGCCGCCCACUGCCCGCGGUGACAUCAGCCCAGGUGUAGCCGGAGACUGUCACCAGGUGAAAGCUCCUCUCGGCCCGCCUCCUCUGCACCCCGCCGGACUGACCCGGCCGGCCUCCCAGCAGCAACCCGAUAGGUUCAGCAGCGCUCUGAUGUCAGCGUCUCCAGCCGGCUCCGCCCGCCGCAGCGUCGACCUGUCCAAGACCGGCAUCAAGAUCCUGGUCCCCAAGAGCCCCAUGAACAGCCGCCUGGACUCAGAGGAGUCUCCCAGUGAGGCGGCUCACAGCCUGGAGGCCGGAGCUCAGGAAGCUCACCUGGUCCCGCCUGAGGUGGCCCUGCUGGAGAAACCUACAGGAGUCCAGCUGGGGCCUGGAGAGGAGAGGGCCCGCAUGGGCACCCGACCCCGGAGCCAGAACCCCCUGUCCCCGCCCCGGGCCCCCAUCACGCCCGCUGCCAUGCGCUCCCUCAGCGGCACAGGGAGCUCAGCGCUGAUGGAGGCCGUCGCUGCCAGCGGGAUGUCAGGUGUGCAGAGUGCUGUUGCCGGGGCAACCAGUGUGACGGGGAAACGGCGUCUAGAGGAGCGGUCGGCGUUCGACAAACGUCUGAGGUUCAGCGUUCGACAGACGGAGAGCGCCUACCGUUACCGCGACAUCGUGGUCAAGAAACAAGACGGCUUCACCCACAUCCUGCUGUCCACCAAGAGCUCCGAGAACAACACGCUGAACCCCGAGGUGAUGAAGGAGAUCCAGAGUGCCAUGGCGACGGCGGCGUCAGACGACAGUAAACUGGUGUUGCUGGGCGCCGUGGGCAGCGUGUUCUGCUGCGGCCUCGACUUCCUGUAUUUCAUCAGACGCCUGACGGAUGACAGGAAGAAGGAGAGCAUCAAGAUGGCUGAGACUAUCAGAACCUUCGUCAACACCUUCAUCCAGUUCAGGAAGCCCAUCGUGGCGGCUGUCAACGGCCCGGCGCUUGGCCUGGGGGCGGCCAUCUUACCGCUGUGUGACGUGGUGUGGGCCAAUGAGAAGGCCUGGUUCCAGACGCCGUACACGAGCUACGGCCAGACGCCUGACGCCUGCGCCUCCUUCACCUUCCCCCGAAUCAUGGGGCUAGCCUCGGCCAAUGAGCUGCUGCUGAGCGGCAGGAAGUUGACGGCCCAGGAGGCGUGUUCUAAAGGUCUGGUGUCUCAGGUUCUGUGGCCGGGAACCUUCACCCAGGAAGUGAUGCUGAGGAUCAAAGAGCUGGUGACGGUCGACUCACUGGUUCUGAAGGAGUCCAAAGCCCUGAUGAGGAAUACCAGCCGCGGUGCUCUGGAACAGGCCAACGAACGCGAGUGUGAAGCACUGAAGAGAGUCUGGGGCUCGUCUCAGGGCACCGACUCCAUCCUGCAGUACCUGCAGAGGAAAACCGAGCUCUGCUAGAACCUGGACCGGGACUAGAACCAGGACUGCUUCUCCGACUCGGCUGUUUGAGUGGGCACCUGUGACUCAGCAGAUUCUGAGCGUGCCUGAACAUGGAGCAGCUGUGAACUUUUAACUUAUACUUUGAGCAGAAUGCUGAGUGAAGAACAGUGGAACGUUCUCAGGCUCGUGUUCUGACGAGUCCAACCAGCAUCAGAUUCUUCUGACCCCCACAAGAACACAUCAGGACAUGCUAGCUUAGCUGUAGCUUAGCUGACACAUUUGUCUUCAGACAAACAACCUGUGACUGAAUAUUAGCCAACAGGCUCCUGAGGGGUUCCUCAGGGUUCCAUCCUGGGUCCUCUGUGGGUCCUAAAAUCAGGAAACACGGCUCAUUAUUUACUGUUGUGCCUGUCAGAUAAAAGUGAGGGUUUACCUUAACAGACUUCCUCGGGGUUAAAUGCCCAACCAGAGUGACUGUUUGCUGUGUUUCCAUGGAGACAAGUUAAAAUGACAGAUUUCAUUAAAACUUCUGAAACUAAGACAACAGUUUGAGCUAAGCUAACUGUUACCCCAUGUUUCCAGCCCUUAGCUACGCUAGCCUAACAGUAUCUUCAUGCAUCCAGCCUUUAUGCUAAGCUAAGCUAGCAAUUUCUUCCUGUGUCCAGCCUUUGUGUUAAGUUAGGCUAACAAUUUCCCCAACCUUUAUGCUAAGCUAGGCUAUCAGUUUCCCCAGCCUUUAUGCUGAGCUAGGCUAACAGUUUCCCCAGCCUUUUUGCUAAGCUAGGCUAACACUUCCCCCAGCCUUUUUGCUAAGUUAGGCUGUCAGUUUCCCCAGCCUUUAUGCUAAGCUAGGCUAACAGGCUAACAGGGCAUACACAUGCAGCUGAUGUGAACAUGAAUUGUGGUGGAGGACAGCAGGAUGAUGAAAUGUUUUGGAUGUUCUCCUACAUGUAAAUGCCCCACAGCGCCCCCUCAGGACAUACUGAUCUGCCUGCAGGAGGCGCUGACAGGGACAUGCAGUGAUGAAUUAUGGGUAAGUAGUGACACCUGUCAGGUGGAGAGUUUGUGUCAGAUUAAACUCUGAUGAAGUUA